CGCUUACCCCAUCUAAUGUUCUAAUUUUGUUUCGCAACAUGAUGAAGAUAUAAAAUCACACGGACGCAGGCGGCCAGCAGGUCGUAGUGCUGUCUGGUCAUUCACGAUUAUAGCUGACAUCGUAUGUAAGGAAGUAUCCUUUAGUCGCAAAUUAGUCAUAUCCAAAUGAUAGGAUUCCGUACAUAAUUGAGAUAGCUGGCUCCCACAGUUCGUGUGGUACAACCGCGAUGAUGAUCGACCUCACCCACACGCUGACGACAUCAACAGAAGCCCCGAUGUCGAUAUGGCCGGGGCACCCAACACUGGAGAUGAAAAAAGUUGCCAAAAUCCCGGAACAGAAUGCCAACGUGACGCUUAUUUCACUUGGGUCUCAUACAGGGACUCAUAUUGAUGCGCCCAACCAUUUCAUUGCGGACGGAUUGACAGUGGACAAGUACGACUUGACCAAACUUGUGGGUCGUGCGCUGGUCAUCGACGUGAGGGGGAAGAAGCCACGUGAGAUGAUUACCUGGGAGGACAUGCAGAAAUGGGAGGGGCAGAUGCACGAAGGGGUGAUCGUGCUCAUAUGCACUGGGUGGUCGCAAUACUGGGGCAAGGAGAAUUAUGAAGAACACCCGUUCAUGGAUUUGGAUGCGGCGAAGAAGCUUAUGGAGACCGGAGUGAGAGUAAUUGGAUGCGAUACGCUGAGCCCUGACAGCAUAUGCUCACCCGAGUGCGAAGUGCACAUAGAGAUACUUGGCGCGGGAGGGAUGAUUGCAGAGAAUUUACGGGGGAUAGAACAAGUGCUGGCAUUGAAGGACCCAAUUGUGAGCCUGCUGCCACUUAAGUUAGAUAGUUGUGAUGGCUCGCCAAUACGAGCGGUAGCUUGGUCUGCAGGAGGUGAGUACUUUAGUUAAUUAGUUAUUGAAGACGUUACUUAUUAGAUUGUCAGAUAUUCUGGGGUGAGAAAGUAUUAGUCCG